AUGGCCUCCUCUGGUCAAAGAAAACAUGUAGUGAUAAUUGGAGCUGGAGCGGCGGGAAUGUCAUGUGCCGCCACUCUUGCCCAGCAUCCAGAUAAAUUCAAAGUUACCAUGAUCGAACGAAUGGGGGUAACCGGAGGUCAAGCAACCUCGAUCGCCCUUGACAAGGAGAAAUUUGGUACCGACUGGAUGAACGAUGGUGUCCAAGGUGGUUCACCAAUCUUCAAGCAUACUUGCCACUUCUUCAAACAAUACGGUCACGAAGCUCAAGGCAUCAAACUUCAAGUCGCAUUUGGAAAAGGCGAAGAUGGAUUCUGGACAAAUUGUUUCCCUAGUCCUCUGGUCGAACGCUUCUCGAGCGAUAUCAAGAAAUUUGGCAAGGUGUUGAAGAUUAUCAAGUGGUUAAUGCCUGCGAUGGGGGUUAUACCUAUCCGAAUCAUGCUCAAGAUGUUCUUCUUCAGCAAGGACUUUGGAGAUAAAAUGGUGUAUCCUCUCAUCGCUCUAUUCCUUGGUACCGGUAACCAGACUGCCAAUGUAUCGUGCGCGAUCUUGGAGCGUUUGUUCGAUGACAAGAAUAUGAAGCUCUGGGACUAUGAUCCAGAUACACUUCUUCCAAACUUACCUCAAAUGUUAACUUUCCCUAAUCUUCACAACUUUUACGAAGAUUGGAGAAAAGAUCUCGAAUCGAAAGGUGUAGAUAUUCGUCUCAACACUGAUGUCACGGAGAUUAUUCAACGUAAUGAGAAAGGCGUUGUGAUGACCACGAGGCCGUUUAAUCCCGAUGCAAAUGACAGAAAGGGGGAACACACUGGGCCAACUUCCAAAUCUGAAAAAUUUGAUGAAUUGGUCAUGUGUGUAUUAGCUGAUGAUGCACUGAAAAUCCUUGGAAAAACCGCCACUUUUAAGGAGAAACUCGUGCUUGGGGGAGCCAGAUUUUACGAUGACAUAACAGUGACACACUCCGACCAUGAAUACUUCCGCAAACACUACGAAACCGAAUUCGACCCCUCCCUCUGCGCUGAUCCUAAAUCUCAGGCCCAAAAAGACCAAAUCGCUUUCUCAAAAGGCGAACGACGUGGUGUUGAUAAUGAACCUAGCGGUUUUCGACCCAUGUAUUACACCAAAUCCUAUGCACAUGACCCUAAAAAAAUCGAAAUGUCUUUUGACUGUACAAACUACCAACAUCAAUUCCGGCAAGACCACAAUGCAGAAACUGCACCCGUUCCAUAUGAUCGUCACGUCUUCCAAUCUAUCUUCCUCGACGCCUCGAACCGCGAGUUCUGGACCAUCGAUGAGAUUUCUCCUGAUAAAGUAAUUGAGAAAAAAUGGUGGCAUCAACUUGGUCAUCGCUGGCAACAUUAUGCCAGGGUUGUGCCUGGGAUGAUGUUCAUCAAUGGCAAGAAUCAAACGUGGUUUGCAGGGAGUUGGACGCUUGUGAACAUGCACGAAUUAGCCCUCGUAUCGGGAAUCGCAGCUGCCUAUCGACUCGGUGCCGACUAUGUGAAAUUCGACGAUUUUGCAGAGGAGUUCUUUGGUAAUUAUAUGCUUGUCUCCCAUGGAUUUAGAUAUAAAGCGGAAGAAAAGAGGAGGAAGCAGAAGAAUCAGUAA